UUCUCAAUUUUCUUUCUCAUUACCAAAUUUUCAUUCUGAAUUCAAACAAUCAAAAUGUCCAUUCAAAAUUCAUUAAAACCUUUCAAAUUUUUUGUCUUAAGGCCGAUUGAUGUAUUUUCUCCUCUUCUUAAAGCUGUUCUCGUUCUCUCCGUCGUAGCUUCUUUUUCUCUCUUCUUUUACCUUACUUUUUCUGACCAGAACUCCACUUGUCGUGGCUGUUAUAAUGCACACCGGUAUUCAAACCACCGUAAGAUGAAGGCUUUCGAUGCCGGAGAACAACCGACGAAUAUUUCUCAUCUUGUUUUUGGCAUUGGUGGCUCCGUCAAGACGUGGAACGAGCGACGCCAUUACUGCGAGCUCUGGUGGAAGAAGAACGUUACUCGUGGAUUUGUUUGGAUUGAAGAAAAGCCGGAAUUUUCUUGGCCGGAAUCCUCUCCACCCUACAGAGUCUCCGAUGACACCUCGAAAUUCAACUACACUUGCUGGUACGGUUUUCGAUCUGCAAUCAGAGUGGCUAGGAUAAUCAAGGAGACAUAUGAAAUGGGGUUGGAAAAUGUAAGGUGGUUCGUGAUGGGAGAUGAUGAUACAGUAUUCUUCAUGGAGAAUUUAAUAGAUAUGUUGGGUAGAUACGAUCACAAUCAAAUGUACUAUAUUGGAGCUAAUUCCGAGAGCGUGGAACAAGAUGUAGUUCAUUCUUACACCAUGGCCUACGGCGGUGGUGGAUUCGCCAUUAGCUACCCUCUUGCCACCGUGCUCGUUCAAAUUUUAGAUGGUUGCAUCAAUCGCUAUGCUCAUAUGUAUGGCUCCGAUCAAAAGAUUCAGGGCUGCAUCUCCGAGAUUGGUGUUCCACUCACCAAAGAGCAUGGCUUCCACCAGUUGGACAUAAGAGGAAACCCAUAUGGAAUAUUAGCUGCACAUCCAAUAGCGCCGUUAGUGUCGCUCCACCACCUAGACUAUGUGCAGACCAUAUUCCCAACCAUGACCCAACCUGACUCGCUCAAGAAACUCCACAAAGCUUAUGAAACGGACCCAAGUCGAGCCCUUCAACACACUUUUUGCUACGACACGGUUUGGAAUUGGUCUGUUUCUAUAUCAUGGGGCUACAGUGUUCAGUUAUAUCCAAGGCUGGUCACUGCCAAAGAAAUGGAAACUGCAUUUCUCACUUACCAAACAUGGAGGACAAAUAGCAAUGAACCCUUCACUUUCGAUACCCAACCCGUAAGCUCUGACCCGUGUCAAAGACCGAUUCUUUAUUUCUUGAAUUCGGCAGAGAGAUUGGGCAACCGUCGGUGGCAGACAUUGACCACCUACCAGAGGUAUGUGGAGGAGGCUAGUUGUGACCGCCCUGAUUACGCUCCUGCUUUGGCUGUUGAGUUUUUCAAUGUCUCUGCGUUGGAGUUCGACCGUCGUCUGUGGAGCCAGGCACCACGAAGACAGUGUUGUAACAUCGUUCACGAUAAAAAUAGCAUAGAUGGACAAGUGAAAGUCCACAUCAGAGAUUGUCAUCUCUUUGAAAGCGUUACACCUCCGUUAUAAGAAAUUCAAACACAGCAUUUUAUGUCCAUAUUUCAUUUGUUUAACCCACUGUAUGCAAUAAGAAGAACUAAAUUAAUUAAAAAUAUAAAUAUUAGUUAUUCACAUUCUAGCUA